GGCACACAACUUUUCAGCUCUCAAGGUCGUGAAAUCCGCAGUUGACUACACAGAAAGCGCGUUGGAUGAAAUACGAAUGUUGAAAAGYAUUUACCGUCACCGAGAUUUGGAUACAAACCGUACAAAGAUCAUUCAAUUGUUCGACGAUUUCCGAAUAGACGGUUUGCGGGGUAUGCACGUAGUCAUGGUAUUUGAGGCACUGGGACCCAAUUUACUUAAGCUCAUCAAGAGGACCAACUACCAAGGGAUACCACUUUACUUGGUAAAACAUAUCAUCAGACAAGUGCUGCAAGGGCUGAAAUACCUUCACGAGACUUGUCACAUAAUCCACACGGACAUCAAGCCAGAGAAUAUAUUGAUUUGUGCACAACACCAAUACAUAAAGCUAACAGCUGAAAAUAGUUGUAAACAGAUGUCUAUACUGAACUUUCGCAAUUUGAAGCACAUCAGUAACUUGAAACCGUGGUAUCUGUACGACGUGUUGACAGAGAAAUACGAAUGGAACACGAAGGAGGCCAAAGCAUUCUCAUCGUUUCUAACACCAAUGUUGGACUUGGAUCAGGAUAAUCGAGCUUCGGCGACCCAAUGUCUCUUAAACCCGUGGAUGUUGGCAUAA